UUGCAGCAUUUUCCAGAAAGAGCGUCCGCUCAGUUUCUUUCCCUUCACACAGACUCUUCACCUCAUGGGUACUCACUGCUCAGGUCCUAGCACAAGAUCUGACCUAAUUAAAGACCCCACAGGAGCACAAAGUCUAACCACCCUGAGCAUGGUCCUUCCGAGAGACGUCUGCUGUUAUUUGCCUGUUAAUUACAAAGAAUCACACGCACACAGCAGGCUGUGUUUCCACAAUGACUCCCACUGCCCCGUGUGCCUCCAGACAGCCACCUUCCCUGUGGAAACGAACUGCGGACACCUCUUCUGUGCUCCCUGUUUAAUUGAAUACUGGAGGCAUGGCUCGUGGCUUGGAGCGAUCAGCUGCCCUCUCUGCAGACAACAAGUGAGUAUUCUGUGCAACCUCUUUCAUGAAAACCAGAGAGAUCAACAGCAGAGACAGGUCUUGCUAGACAUCAGGGAUUACAAUAAACGCUUCUCUGGAGAGCCCCGCCCCGUUGCGGAUUACCUCUACGACAUGCCCCUGUUCCUCAGCCUCGCCCUGAGGGGGCUGUUCACCAUGGGUGGGGUGGUGUGGAUCUUCUGCCUGAGGAUUGCUGUGUGCUGCUGCGGGGCCGUCGUGUCACUCUCCUCCCUGCUCGGCGUCUUUCCAGAGCCGCUGUGCGGGGUCCUGGGGGCCGUGGAUCAUCUGAUGGUGGUGUUCCUCCUGCUCAUCUGCAUGAUCAAUAUCAACCAGCAGAUGGGGCCAGAGAGAGCCAACAUUGCCAACAGCACCACGCAAGGAGUGCUGUCAGACUCGCUGUAGGGAGCGGAGCUGUGGACACUGUGUUUGUGGACGGGAGAGACAGGGUCACGGGACCAAACCUGGACUAGGGACCUAAUGGAAGCAGUAUGUUAUAGCUGUUAUUGAGACAGGCCUGGCUUGGUGUGUCUGUCAUGGGAUAUUGUUGUACCAUUAAAGCUGUAAGUAUGUACAUGUUUUUUGUUUCCUAUAUAUGUAACUGUAUUGUAUAAACUUUGUAUUAAUGUUUGUUCUGAGCAGUGUGGCUCAUGCUUUAUGUCAUAUUGAUGUAGAUACUGUAUGUCAAUAAAGUUUUACUAUUAUUAUUAUUAUUA